GGCUGCUCCCGUGAGCCGCCGCCCGGCUGUUACCUGGAGAGGCCGCCGCCGCCCGCCGCCCUCGCGGCUUCUGUCGCAGCGCAAGCCCGGGGCAGCUGGAGAGGAGCCCGGGAGCAGCCCGAACGCCUGGCAGGAUGGCUGUGGCUCCUCCCAGUUAUUGUUUUGUUGCUUUUCCACCACGCACUAAAGAUGGGCUUGUUGUGUUUGGAAAAAAUUCUGCACGGCCUCGAGAAGAAGUACAGGAGGUGGUCUACUUUGCUGCUGCUGCUCAUGAUCCAGGAAGCAAAGUUGAGUGUACAUACAUUGCAAUUGAUCAGGUGCCGAAGACUCAUGCUAUUAUGCUAAGCAGACCUGCCUGGCUUUGGGGGGCAGAAAUGGGAGCCAAUGAACAUGGAGUCUGCAUCGCUAAUGAAGCCAUCACCACCAGAGAGCCAGCUUCUGAAACUGAAGCCCUGCUGGGAAUGGAUCUUGUCAGGCUUGGCCUAGAAAGAGGCGCAACAGCUAAAGAGGCCUUAGAUGUAAUAGUUUCUUUAUUGGAAGAGCAUGGACAAGGUGGAAAUUAUUAUGAAGAUGGGAGCUCGUGCCAGGCUUUCCAAAGUGCAUUUCUGAUUGUGGAUAGAGCAGAAGCCUGGGUAUUGGAGACUGUUGGGAAAUAUUGGGCAGCAGAAAAAAUCACAGAGGGAGUAAAGUGCAUUUGCAACCAGCUUUCAUUAACCACAAAGAUUGAUGCUGAGCACCCUGAGCUUAGGAGUUAUGCAGAGACUCAAGGCUGGUGGACUGGAGAUACAGAAUUCAAUUUUUCUGAAGUGUUUUCUUUAGCUGAGGACCAUUUAAGCUGCUGUUCAGGCCAGGAGAGCCUAGAAAAACAAGAAGGAAAUAUCACUGUGCAAACAAUGAUGGAUGUCCUGCGUGACAAAGCUAGUGGUGUCUGCGUGGACUCAGAAACUUUUCUCACUACAGCUAGCAUAGUGUCUGUUUUGCCUCAGAAGCCUAGUUCUCCCUGUAUUCACUACUUCACUGGCACUCCAGACCCUUCAAGGUCCAUAUUUAAACCUUUCAUCUUUGUUGAUGAUGUCAAACUAGUACCAAAAGUUCAAUCGCCUUUUCUUGGUGAUGAUGAUCCUGUAAAAAAGAAACCUCGGUUCCAGGAGAGGCCUGACCGGAGACAUGAACUGUACAAGGCACAUGAGCAGGCCCGAUCUGUCACUGAGAAUGAUCAGGAUAAAGGUCAGAAGCUGAUGAGGAUUAUGUUAGACCUUGAAAGACAAGGCUUAGAAGCUAUGGAGGACAUCCUCACCAGUACAGAGGUUCUGCAUCCUGCUGAAGUAGUAGACCUUUUCUAUGACUGUGUCGAUACAGAAAUUAAGUUCUUCAAGUGAACCACAGUGGACACCGUUAGCCUUUUCACAAGAAGACUCUAUAGUUCUUCGAGCCUUGCAAGUCUCCAGUCCACAUAGCUGAAUUUGCAGGAGGAAGACAAACAAAAAGGCUUCUGUCUUUCUAGAAAAAUGUUCCUCAGUAGCUAUAUCGAGUUAACAAAAUUGCUUUCCUUUGUCCAAUCAUAUGGUGGUCCUGUUCUGUGUGUAGUGAAAGGAGAGAGUCACUGAUUGGUCCAUGUGUGCAUGCCAGCUAAUGUAGUGCAGAAUGUUUCAUUGUUUGGGCAACAAACAAUUAAAACAAGGAUUAACGUCA